CGUCGCAAAACGCAGCCGGAAGUUAAAAAUAUCCUUUCAUUCUUUACCGACGCACAAUCUCACGGCAAAUCCCGACGAAUAUCCGGCGAAAUUCGACGGGGAGAUUUUGGAAAUGGCGUGCGGAAGUGUUUCGAACGCGGUUUUCUUGGCAGAGCCAUGGAUGCCUCCGCCGUUUCUGAGUAAAAAAGUUUCCAGUUUUACACCGCGCAAGAAAACGUCGACGCCGCCUCUGAAUUGUGGCUGUAAAAUUGUGGCGAGCGAUAGGACUAAGAGUUACUUUUAUGCGAGAAAUUGUUUAAAUAGUGAAGGAAAUCCAUCGAGCGAUGAUUCUGAGCAAGAGCCACCGCAGGAAGCUGUUCUGAAGGCAAUUUCAGAAGUUUCAAAGACUGAAGGCAGAAUCAGACAAACUACAAAUAUGGUUAUUGGAGGCACCGUUACAGAUGAUUCGACAAAUGAGUGGCUUGCUUUGGAUCAGAAGGUGAAUUCAUAUCCAACAGUUAGAGGAUUUACAGCAAUUGGAACUGGAGGUGAUGAUUUUGUGCAUGCAAUGGUUGAUGCUGUUGAAUCAGUAAUUCAAAAGCCUGUCCCAGAAGGUAAAGUGAAACAGAAGACAUCCUCCACUGGCAAAUAUGUAUCUGUAAAUAUUGGUCCUGUUCGAGUUGUUUCCAGUGAACAGGUGCAAGCAGUGUACAAUGCCAUGAGAAGAGACAACAGGAUGAAAUAUUUUUUGUAAAUCCUACUUCCCCCACUUCAAUUAUCAUCACCUAAACAUCUGUCCAUCCAAUUAUUAUAUAUAUAUAUAUAUAAAUAUAUAAAAUAUAUUUCUAUCACAAUAAUUACUCAUUUAAAAAAAAAAAAAAAAAAGGUAAUCCGGAAUUUGUGAGCUGUCAGAUGCGAUUUCAAAAAAGAAAAGAAAAAUAUAUGAUCGGCGGCGCACUGUAGAUACCAAGCGCGUUCCAUACUCGCGGCGCAUUCUAGCAGAAGCCGCCGCCAAGAUCCGCCGCCGCCGGGAUCUGGAAGUGCCAUAACCUCCCCACCGCCGUAACCAAAUUCUUCUUACACAAAAACGCCUCCGCGUACAUCCUCUCCACCCGCCGGUCCACGUCGUGCACGAACACGUGCGUCGCACCUGACCUCCGCCGGUUCCGCCCCAUCACCGCCGCCGAAUAUAUCGCCGCCAUCCUCCCCGGCGCCUCCGGGAAGUACCCCCGCGGCGCGUCCACCAUUAUCAUGUCCCACUCCGUCGCGUACACCUCCUCCGGCAGCAUAUUCAGCGCCAAUCUGCGAACCGCCGACCGGUUUCUUACUCCCCGGCGCCGCCGGUUCAAAAUUACGGUUUAUUUUAACAAAAAAAAAAACACUACCUGCACUUAUCGUUUCCCCGCAGGAACGACUUCGCCGCCGCGCAGUCCGGUUCGCCGCCGUAGUGCCGCCGCAGCAGCUCGUCGGCCUCCGAGAGGCGCGUCCGGUAACGCACGGUGUCCGCGCGUAGACCGGGGGCGUGUUUAAGAACCGUCUGCACCCACUUCGGAUCCUCCUCGAGGAAUAGCGUCUUGCCACGUGGAUUAAUCGCCGCCCACAUGAGCGAGUCGUGACCCAAGCCGAACACCAGCAAGUUAGCCGAGCCGCCGAGGGAAUUCAGCACGCCGACGGAGACGCCGAUCUCGGCGUGGCUCUGCUGCGGCACAAUGCGUGAAGUGGCGUAGUGGACAAUGGCUUCCACUUGAGCCGCCGACUGCGCCGCCGCCGCCGUCCCGUUCUCCUCGGCUCGCGGAUCUGCCGGCGCGCCGCCGCAGAAGAGCGGCGCGCGUAGGUAUAGAGAGAUGAGCAAUGCGCCGCUGAUUAAGCCGGCGACGGCGACGCCGAGAAGCCGCGUGCUUUCCGGCUUCAAUUGCCUUCGAUUAUGAUGGUAAUGCUUUUGGGUAUGGAUUUUCUGCAUUGUUUUGAAAUAAUUCUUUUCUGCCCCACCUAAAAAAACACCUAAAUUAAUUAGCCAAAAGUAUGCACAUUUGCAGUGCUAAAUGGGGUUUGAAAUUUUGGGGCUUUUCAUUUUUGUUGAAUGAGGCAAGAGGGACCAAUUUAUUUAUUUUAUUUUAUUU